GGGAGGCGCACGGCUCGGCGGCCGCCGGAAGAGCGGCCGAGCCGGAGACGAUGACUGCCGAGAGCACCGAAACCAACGGACCCAUGCGGGAGCCGGAGGCGGGGGGGACCAAGCCGCCGGUGCCCACCGCCCCACCGCGGCGCCGGGGCCGCAGGCUGCGGCGCAAGUCACCGCCGGAGGUGCCGGUGAAAGGGCAGCUCCGCAUGCGCUCGCCAUCGGGAGCCUUCGUCAUGGUGGGCAUCUCAGUGGUCCUGGUGGGCAUGACCAUCGCCGUGGUGGGCUACUGGCCCCACCGGGGACCCGGGGGCACCAGGGCCGGCACGGGGAAUGCCAGCAUCGCAGGGGACAUGAGGAGGGAGGUGGCCGCCGGGCGCCAUGUGCCCCACAGCGAGAAGCUCAAGCUAAUCGGCCCCGUCAUCAUGGGCAUCGGGCUUUUCAUCUUCAUCUGCGCCAACACCAUGCUCUAUGAGAACAGGGACAUGGAGACCCGCAGGCUGAUGCAGAAGGGGCUCUACUCCAUGGCGGCGGGUCUCCCCGAGGGGACCGGCCCCGAGGAUGGGCACUGCCAGCGUGGGGACGGCCAGCCUGUCCCCAAGGCCAACGCUGAGUGUGUGGAGGGUUGCUACCAAGUGGAUCUCUCCUGCCCCGGCCCCGGCAGCAAGUGGUCUGACUGCUACGGCCCCAACAGGCUCCAGACCACGGCCGAGUUCCUCCAGCACCCGGCAGCAUCCCCUGCCGCCUCCCUCCUCAGCCUCCGCUCCAGCGCCUCCGCCGAGGCCAACCUCAACCUCCCCUGCCGUGCCGGAGCCGAGUCCCUCCUCUCCUCGGCCGUCGGUGCCUUGGCGUUGCCCGUCAUCAAGCUCAACAACCGCUUGCUGGAUGCGGUGGCGCGGGGGACCGGCGAGAGGGCAGAGGGGGGCCCUGCCGAGCCCUGCCUCGAAGCACUGCGGCUCUCCCGGGCUCCGCUCGCCGGUGGCAGCAGCAGCAUGCCCCGUGGCCAGGACUGUGGUGGUGGUGGUGGUGGUGGCCAUGUCGUCAUCAAUGUGGAUGGCAGCUGCCCCGGCACGGAGCUGGCGGCGGCGGAGCUGAGCCCCGAUGCGCAGCUCCACACCCCAGGACACUCCAAGUCGCUGGACCUCGGCCGUCCGGGCGUGCUGCUGGUGGCCCCCAUCAAGGACCGUAAGAACCGGAGCUGGCCCCGGCUGGACCACAUCAGCCUGGUGGGUUACGCCAAACUGGAAAGUACUGGCGAGUCCUCGGACCGGCUACUGGAGCCCAGCGAGCCCCCGAGCCGGGGCGAGCCCCGACCCAGCUCCUGGGUGGUGGGGAUGGAGCGGGGCGCACGGGUCUGACAUCCCCAACGCCCUCGGGGACCGUGACAUCGCGGUCCCUCAUCCUGGCCCCCAGCACCCACCAGCAACCCCAAAACCCCACAUCCAGGAGGAGUUCGGGGACGGCACUUUUAAGCGGAUGCCAAGAGGGAGGUCCCGACCCGCUGCUCGUGGGGGAGGACUCCCUGGGGUGGGAUGUCCUCUCCUGGCUGCCUCUCGACAGCUUCCCGGCGGAUGCCCUUGGCCUUACAAGCCCUUCUCCUGGUGGCUUUUCCAGAGGAGCCCUCGCUUUGAGACCCAACACGAACUGCGGGAUGGGGACACAGGGUGGGCAAAGCCCCACCGGUCCCCGCAGCACUUUAUUUCAGCGGGAUUGGGGUGGGGGGAUGUUUGGAGGGUGGUGUCCCCUUGCCCAGCCUCAACCCACCGGAAAAUUUGCUUGACCAGAGCACGUAAGCCCGACGGGGCUAUUAAAUAUUAU